AUGGCUGGCAACGAGCGCUGGGCCUAUAACUGGGAGGGACGAGAAUUUACCCUUGGCACCGAAAAAUACACGGUCAAAACCCAGCUUAACCGAAUGGGUCGACGAUGUGCUGGCCCAAAGACAUGGUUUGACAUUGGCGCACUUUGCGAAUCUAAAUGUCAAGUGAUGUUCAAGACCAGAUGCGACUUGGAUCCUAAGGACUUCCCAUUGGUAGAAGAUGUCAAGGAGACCCAAGAAAUUGGCGAAAAUCACAUCCUCUACGAAGCAAGUUUGUACAAAGUCAUUGAUGGCAUUGGCCACGGGCCAAAAGUCUUGCUGGUUACCAAGCGCAAUCAAACGGAAUGGAUGCCAUAUCCAGAUGGUCAAAUUUUCUUCACAGCCUUGAAAUGCGUUCCUGGAGAAGACGUUAGUAGGAUUCGGAAUAGUCUAACAUCCUACGAUCGCCGUAUGAUCAGAUUCCAACUUACCAAGAUUCUCGAAACCAUGGCAGAUAAUAACCGAGUUUUGAGAACAGUUGACUUGAGUUUUCUACGCUGGGACCGGAGAACCGGAAUUCUGUACCUCGUUGACCUCACACAUUGGGCAUAUCAAAUCGUGCAAGAUGAAAUCACCGAAAAGAGUCCGUUUGAGUUGGAAUUCGGCCUGUGGUCAGAUGAAGAUUUGGAGUCACCUUCCUAG